AUGGUUUUAAUAGGACACCAUGUUUGGAUACAUUCUCACUCUCUCAUCUUCAACAAAAGAACUGCUUCCGCGGCGGCGCUCAGAAUGCUAUCUUCAUCUUCUUCCACCUCUUCAAUUAACCCAAAUCCUGCUCUCGCCAUGACUAAAUCCAAUUCCGAAUUACCCUCCAAAUCUACAAAUUUUCCUCAUUUUCCUGAUUCUGCUCAACCCCCUUUCCCCUCGCCUACUAUCCAUCUCUCUCAAAGCUUCGCUACUAGAAGCUUCUCAAUUGGCGCGACUGCCGCAGCCGCUGCAGAAGGCUUGGAGUGUCCAUUGGUGGUGGUUUCGUUCUACAAGUUUGCUGAUUUCCCGGACCAUGCUGAUUUACGGAAGCCGCUGAAAGAGCUCUGUGAGCGGCUGCGUGUGUCAGGGGGCAUAAUACUUGCACCGGAAGGGAUCAACGGAAGCAUAUGCGGAACCUGUGAUUCCGUGGAAGAAGUGCUUAAUUUCAUCCAGGCUGAUGAACGAUUAAAGGGGCUGAGGUGCAUUGAGUCCCCUGUGAGUCCCGAGGAAGAAGCUAUUCACCACGGACAUAUGGAGAGUUCUCCUCUCGCUGCCGGGGAAGAUGCUCCCUUCAGAUGGGAUCAUGUGAGGGUCAAGCUGAAAAAAGAGAUAGUCACGCUAGGAAUGCCUUCUGUAUCACCAACUGAGAGAGUUGGUACCUAUGUGAGCCCCGUGGAGUGGAAUAACUUGAUCAGUGAUCCAGAUACGGUGGUGAUAGAUGUACGCAAUGAUUAUGAAACCAGAAUAGGGAAGUUCAAGCGAGCAGUUGAUCCCUGUACAACUGCAUUCAGAGAGUUCCCAACGUGGGUGGAUGGCAGUUUCAAACUAAACGAACCAGAUGAUGCCGUAUGCCUAGCUGAUUCAGAACAGACCAUAGAUGAGCAAACGGCGAAGAAGAUGCCCCGGGUGGCUAUGUACUGUACUGGUGGGAUCCGGUGUGAGAAAGCCUCGAGCUUCCUCCUGAGCCGAGGAUUCAAAGAGGUCUAUCAUCUACGAGGUGGAAUCUUGAAAUAUCUCGAGGAAGUCCCCAAGGACAAGAGCCUGUGGGAGGGAGAAUGUUUCGUGUUUGAUAAACGAGUGUCUGUUGAGCAUGGACUGGUGCAGGGGACUUACAAACUCUGCUACGGAUGCAAGAAACCGGUGAGUGAUGCGGACAUGGAAGCUCCAGAAUGGGAGUACGGAGUCUGCUGCCCGUAUUGCUACUCUUCUAAGUCGGAAGAGGAGAAGGAGAGGGCGAGGGCAAGGCAGAGGCAGUUCGAGAUGUUUGGCAUCAUCGGGGGCCCACACAAAGGCCGGAAACCGAUCAAAACGGCUCAAACUCCUGAGAGUAAGAGCAACCAAAUGUCGAGCUCAACAUGAGACCUUCCAUCAAACUAUGUGUAGGAAAUUUUGCGGUAGAUGGAUUCACUGGUUUUAUACGUUCAUUUCCUUUGUAAGAUGAUUGUGAUCGAAAUCUGUCUUAUUUAUUAUGUCGACUUUUAUGAA